AUGCGACAUUCCGCCAGCCAGAUUAUCAGAAACCGCGGCCACCGAGCGACUUGGGCAAAACAUCUUGCGUCCCGGCACUCACUUCGGAAUCUCUCGACCGACACUUGCAAGAUUCGCUUGCACACGCCCAUCGCUCUGUUGGUCCACCCCACCAUCGGAUCCCAGUCUAUUCAAACGGGGACCACUUCAUCCUCGACGAGUUUCACGCCCAAUCCCAGGUCUCAGCUUGCAGAUCGAUGGAUAACCUGCGCCUCAGGGCCGCCUCAGGGCCUCCUCCCAUAG